GUUGCCGUUUUGUUGUCACUUCGUACGCUCGCGCGUUCGUUCGCGUCGUUGUAACGGAGAACGAAGAGUCGGAAAAAUAAAAUUGUUGUUUAAUUAAUUAUUAUUAUUGUCGUUGUUGCUGGUCGCAUUGUAGCUCUCUACGAAUACAGCAAUAAAAUAAAUCGCAUGAAUGAAAAAACAACCAAUUAAAUUGCAACUAAUACGUGAGUGCGCAGCAAAUUCACACAAAAAAGAGCAUAUCUGCAUCAGGGAGAGUCCUGCGUCACUAAAACAAAGACAAAAUGCGAAUGGUUGUGCUAAAAAUCAAUUAAGAUGUAAAACAUACAUGAAAUAGAAGGUCAACCUACGUAACGCAACCAAAGAGGCUCAAGGCCCCAGUUCCAAAGAUUAGCGGUUGCCUCAGCCGUAAACGCCACAAGUCCCACCUUAAAGCCAGCUAUAACAUAGCACAACUAUAGCCAAAUGACUGCCAAUAGUCUGUUAGGACGAUCUUUACUCAAUGAAGGACGUUCCAACAAACGUUCCCUCAUCUCUCUGAUCGUUGGACUCGUUGUUGGCUUCUGCCUGGCAGAGCUGUUCGUCUACUCUUCCACGCCAGAACGUAGCGAAUUUAUGCCCUACGAUGGUCAUCGGCAUGGCGAUGUCAACGAUGCCCAUCACAGCCACGACAUGAUGGAGCUGGCGGGUCCAGAGCAGGAUGUGGGUGCUCACGAGCAUGUGCACGACAACAGCAGCAUUGCGGAUAAACUGUACAGUGAGGUGCGAAUUCUCUGCUGGAUCAUGACGAAUCCCACCAACCAUCAGAAGAAGGCACGACACGUGAAACGCUCCUGGGGAAAGCGUUGCAAUAAACUCAUCUUCAUGAGCUCAGCCAAGGAUGAGGAACUGGACGCCGUAGCGUUACCCAUUGGGGAAGGACGCAACAAUCUGUGGGGCAAGACGAAGGAGGCCUACAAGUACAUCUACGAGCAUCACAUCAAUGAUGCGGACUGGUUUCUCAAGGCAGACGACGACACCUACACGGUUGUUGAGAAUAUGCGCUACAUGCUAUAUCCCUACAAUCCCGAGACGCCCGUCUACUUUGGGUGCAAGUUUAAGCCGUAUGUGAAGCAAGGUUAUAUGUCUGGAGGAGCUGGUUAUGUGCUCAGUCGGGAGGCAGUGCGUCGUUUUGUGGUGGAGGCUCUGCCCGAUCCGAAACUGUGCAAAAGUGACAACUCAGGUGCCGAGGAUGUGGAAAUAGGCAAGUGCUUGGAGAACGUUAAAGUCUUGGCGGGCGACUCAAGGGAUGCCAAUGGUCGUGGUCGGUUCUUCCCCUUUGUGCCAGAGCACCAUUUAAUACCUUCACAUACGGACAAGAAGUUUUGGUACUGGCAAUACAUCUACUACAAAACGGACGAGGGUCUGGAUUGCUGUUCGGAUAACGCCAUAUCCUUUCAUUAUGUGUCGCCCAAUCAAAUGUAUGUGCUAGACUAUUUGAUAUAUCAUCUGAGGCCAUAUGGCAUCGUCAAUUCACCGGAUGCCCUUCCAAAUAAGUUGGCGGUAGGGGAAUUAAUGCCUGCGCCCAAGGAACCACAGGAUUCAAGCACUGAUCAAGCGAAGAAGGAGUCACAGUGAUUGUAGGCCAUAGAUACUUGUAUAUAGAUCUUGUGUAAAUAUCCAUUGGAAUAGAUCACUCUUAGUUUAGCAUACUUGCCAUUUUCAUUUUCAUUUUCAUUUAUCGUCGUCUCUUUUGUUAGUUUUAUUCACUCAGGAUUUGUUUUAAUAUUUUCUCGAGUCUUAACUUAUUGUACAAAUACCAAAACAAUAAAACAUGAGUGCUGUUACUAUAGUUUUUAAUAAAGUCUGCGCAAAUAGCGUUUAUGCAUAUAGUAUAUAUACACAUAAAUAUAUAUUUAUGUAAAUGACUAGCUAUACUAUUCAUCUAAUAAGGUACUCACAAUACUACAUAGUGUAGCACAAAACUAGAUAUUAAGUAACUACAGAUAUAUAAAUAAUUAUAACGUUCUUGGGCUCAUCUAGCUAGCAAUCAAAUUAAUAUUUAAUAUAAUGACAUAAAUAUUUCGAUAAGCUUUAA